UAUUUUCUCACAAUCAUCACCCUAGAUUCCCAUCCUAUUUUUCUAACAUUUAUUAUUGUCCUCAAUGCAUUUCUUUUCUGGGUGUUUUUUGAACAUAGUCAAUACUUUUUUUUUUAUUGAAAAUCUUUUAAGAAUAAGUACAUUUUUUUAAUCAUCUGUUGAUGUUGUCAUCGACGUUUUCAUGUUUGUCAUGAUGGCGAUGUGUUGGCUUGCAUUUGGUUCGAUGGAAUUCUGACUUUUCUACAUUCUUUCAUGAUCAUUUUCUUUUCUUUUGUUCUCUAUUGUUUUAAAUUUUGUGUCUUUUUCCAUCCUGGGUCUUUCUCAGAAUUCAGGUUUAUUUGGUCACUGUAAGGAUUCCUUGUGGCAGGCAAAUGCAGAUUUCAAAGCAAGAUUCUGAUACCAAAGCGACAUUUUUGGUGUCUUCUCAGCUCUAGAUACCUGUAGUUUCCUAGGUUAUAGUGAUUUUAGGACUUGGUGUAUGCCAAUCUGUUGUUAAUUUCUGCAAUGGUCUCUUUUCAAUGAGGCUGGUUGUGAGAAAGCUGCAAGUUUGUGACUUUCAAAUGGACUUGUCCUCUAAAUGUAAGCUUUCAAGGUUAUUCGGCUGCUAUUUGACUUCUGUAACAUGCAAAUGUCUUGCUUUGGUCACUAUUACUCUGUUUCUCAGAGCUAUCUUGCUCCAUUUAUUCUCUGGCUAUGGCGUGAUUGAAUGGAACAACCCGGACUUGAUUCUAAGCCCCUCUUUAUUGUUGAACUCUGAAGACGGGAUUCGUAGAGAAAAGUUUUUGGAGGUUCCUCAAAUUGUGUGGGGACUAAAUAAUCAGAAGAUAGCAUUUGCAAGAGCUUGUCUAACUGCUAGAAUGCUGAACCGAACUCUUUUGAUGCCUAGCUUAAGUGCUUCACUUUUCUACAAGGAAAUUGACCGCUUGCAGCCUAUUUCCUUUGAUAAAGUCUUCCAAUUUGAAAGGUUUAAUUCUCUCUGUAAUGGGUUUGUGCUGUUGGGUCGUUACUCGGAUCUUAAGAAUCAAACUGGAAUGUAUGAUCUCCAAAAGGGAAGUGGAAGAAAGUGGACAGUUGAGAGAGACCUUGAGCAGUUGAAGCAAAGCAGCAAAGGUUUUGUUGAUGAGUAUGAAGUGAUCAGAAUUGUUGGAAAGAAUCCGUUUCUUUGGCAUGAUCAUUGGCCUGUUAAGGACUAUGCAAGGGUCUUUGAGUGCUUGGUUUUGGUUCAUGAGAUAGCAAAAGAAGCAGAUAAAGUUGUGUCCAAGAUCAGGCAGAUGGGAAGAACGGUUAGGAGCAAAACUGAGACAGCACAAAACAAUUUUGAUGCAGAGGGUUCUUCACUGCCACCGGCUCCAUACAUAGCAGUCCAUAUGAGGGUAGAAAUAGACUGGAUGAUUCACUGUAAGAAGUUGGAGCAAAGAUCAGGCAUAAGCCAAAUUUGUAGUAGCAAGCAAGAAAUUAUGGAAAGAGUGGGGAACAUUGUCAGCUUGGAAUCCCCCACUGUUGUUUAUCUUGCUGUUGCCGAUAGUCUCCUCAAUGAUUCUUCAAUAUUGGGUGGUUGGAAGAAAGGAUCGCUUCCUUUUGAAAAGAAGAAAUUAGGGGUUGAUGGAAUUUACAAUAAGCAUCCAUAUCUCAUUCAGUCAGCAAUUGACUAUGAGGUGUGCUCAAGGGCUGAUAUAUUUGUAGGCAACAGUUUUUCCACUUUUUCUAGCCUCAUAGUUCUUGAGAGAACACAAAAGAUGAUCAGAAUGGGCAUCACAAGCUCAUGUGACAUCAAUGUCAGGUGGCCGUCUUAUGCAUAUAAUAUACCGGGGGAAUCGAAUCGGCCUCAGAAAUGGAUGACUAAAAUGUCUGAUUCAAGUCUCAAAGCAAUUAGUUAUGGUUCUAAUUCAAUCUCAUGUUGAAGUUUGUGCAUCCCCAGUAGCUGCUGGUAAUAUCACUGCAUGUUCAGCAUUUUUUAACCCAAUUCAUAGUGCUGAUUGAAUGGUUUAAGGGAUACAUAUAGUGUAUAGAAAAGCAAUAGGAGAGAAUAUCAAGAUACAGUUGAAUACUGAAAUACGCACGGUUCAUUUUAUAAUUUUGGUGUUUUGCUCACUUUUUUUUUUCUACAUAAGACUGGUCGCAGUUUUGGAAUAGAAAAAGGCUUGCAAGAUAGCAUGUAUUAGAAUUAAAAUUUCAAAUGUGAUAUUAUUUUUUA